AUGAAACUCACAGCUACCAUUGCCGCCGCAGCGAUAAUUGCCACUGCACAGGCCACCCACAAACUCACGAUGAACGUUGAUAAUAGUGCCGCAAAAGAAACUACUACGUUCAAGGAUCAGGGAGCCAGUGUCGAGUGGGCUGUCAAAAUGCAAAUAUUUAACGCCGACAGCGACUUGUACAAAGCUUGCAGAGACGGUGACUACAUCAAUAUGAACUAGCACAUUCACGUAGGCAAGCCCUUUGGAGGACAGGGGGUAGGCGCGGAGUGUGGUGCCAAGGCCGGC